GGCACCGCGCCUCACUCCUUUGGCCCCGCCCCUUCCUUCCCGAGUCUCUCCGGCUUUGUAGUGUCCACCCCGCGGCUGCUUUCUCCCCGCAAAAAGAGGCCGACAGACGGACGCACCAUGGCUCUCCACGUCCCCAAAGCACCGGGCUUUGCCCAAAUGUUGAAGGACGGCGCCAAGCACUACUCAGGUCUUGAAGAGGCAGUCUUUCGCAACAUCCGAGCCUGUAAGGAACUUUCCCAGACCACACGGACAGCUUACGGGCCCAAUGGCAUGAAUAAAAUGGUCAUCAACCACUUGGAGAAACUGUUUGUUACCAAUGACGCUGCCACCAUCCUCAGAGAGCUGGAAGUGCAGCAUCCAGCCGCCAAAAUGAUCGUCAUGGCGUCCUACAUGCAAGAGCAAGAGGUGGGAGACGGCACCAACUUUGUGCUGGUGUUUGCCGGCGCCCUGCUGGAGCAAGGCGAGGAGCUCCUCCGAAUGGGCCUCUCCGUGUCCGAGGUGAUUGAAGGCUACGAGAAGGCCUGCAAGAAGGCCCUGGAGAUCCUGCCCGACUGCGUGUGUUCCUCGGCCAAGAACCUCCACGACAUGAAGGAAGCCACAGCGUUGAUUCGCACGGCCGUCAUGAGCAAACAGUACGGAAACGAGGACUUCUUGGCCAGCCUCAUCGCCCAGGCGUGUGUGUCCAUCCUGCCAGAGUCUGGCAGCUUCAACGUGGACAGCGUCAGAGUGUGCAAGAUCCUGGGUUGUGGAGUGACGGCGUCCUCCGUGCUGCACGGCAUGGUGUUCAAAAAGGAGUUGGAGGGAGACGUCACUUCGGUUAAGGACGGCAAGAUCGCCGUCUUCUCCUGCCCCUUUGACUGCAUGGUCACAGAGACCAAGGGCACGGUGCUGAUCAACAACGCCAAGGAGCUGAUGGACUUCAGCAAGGGGGAGGAGGACAUGAUGGAGGCACAGGUGAAGGCCAUCAAGGAGGCGGGCGCCAACGUGGUGGUCACGGGUGGCAAAGUGGCCGACAUGGCGCUGCACUACGCCAACAAGUACAAGCUCAUGGUGGUCAGGCUGAACUCCAAGUGGGACCUGAGGAGGUUAUGCAAGACGGUGGGAGCUGUAGCUCUGCCCAGGCUGACCGCACCCACCCCUGAGGAGAUGGGUCACUGUGACAGCGUUUACCUGACCGAGGUGGGAGACACUCAGGUGGUGGUCUUCAAACACGAGAAGGAAGACGGCGCCAUCUCCACCGUGGUGAUCAGAGGCUCCACUGAAAAUCUGAUGGACGACGUGGAGCGAGCCAUUGACGACGGCGUCAACACCUUCAAGGUCCUGGUCAGGGACAAGCGUCUGUUACCUGGAGCAGCAGCCACGGAGAUCGAGCUGGCCAAGCAGAUCACCUCGUAUGGAGAGACCUGCCCGGGUCUGGAGCAGUACGCCAUCAAAAAGUUUGCAGAGGCCUUUGAGGCGUUUCCACGCGCCCUGGCCGAGAACUCUGGCGUGAAGGCCAACGAGCUCAUCUCCAAAAUGUACUCAGCGCAUCACGAGGGGAACAAGAACAUCGGCUUUGAUAUCGAGGGAGACGGCCCGUCAGUGAAGGAUGUCGUGGAGGGCGGCAUCCUGGACCCGUACCUGGUCAAACACUGGGGCAUCAAGCUGGCCACCAACGCCGCCAUCACAGUCCUACGAGUGGACCAGAUCAUCAUGGCUAAGCCUGCGGGGGGGCCCAAGACUCCCCAGCAGAGGGGCCACUGGGACAAAGACGACUGGGACGAGGCGCCCGAUCAAUUUGACACUCACCACUAGAGGGCGCACAGUCAGUAGGUCCUGGAAUGUGCGUGUGAUUUCUGUCCACCUGCACAGGUGUACUCACCCGCUCACAGGACUGAAGUGUGCCACGUAGUCACCACUAACACCAGUAAAUGUGAACAAAACUUAGGUCAUGGUGUGACUGCAUGUGGAAACAUUUGCUGCAUGGAAACUGAUGAAAGGCACAUUGUGCUCACCAAUACCUUAAAGGGGAACUGCACUUAUCAAUCACAAUCCUUAUAAGGGAUAAGAACACAUUUUUGCUUUUUAUGCAUUCUAACACGUAAAUAAAUGCUAGCAAAAGUCAGCUAAGAAUGGAGCUAUUGAGAUUUGCUUAUAAGGAAACAUCCAAGCUUUUAUACACAUACUGUAAGUAUACAUGUCAUUGUAAUGUCAUAAUAACAUGUAGUAAUUACCGCUACAUAUUUUCAUCAUUUUAAGCAUAUUCAUUUCACAGACGCUCACUUUCCCUUCAACAACACUACUAAUCAUGGCAGACUUAAUGAGACAACAAAGACUACUUUAGGACACAUUUAUGAUUCAGAAACUUCUAUUUUUGAGCCUGAAUAUAAGGAGGAAGAACUGAAUUUUUUUACUUUAAAUUAUGCUGACAAUUACAUUGGGGAAAAUGUUUUGCAAAAUUUGUGUUUAAAAAUGUAGUUUUGUUGAAAAAGAGUUUCAAAAUUCAGUGAGUAAAAAAUUUUGUGGGGAAAAAAAAAAUCUGUGGAAAAAAUGUUGGUGCAAAAAAAUUCAAUGUACAAACAUUGUAUAAAAAAUUUGAUGCAGAAGAAUUCAAUGUAAAAAAAAAAUAAUUGUAUGAACAAAUCAGUGUAAAAAAAAUUGAUGCAAUGUAAAAAAAAAUAAAAAAAUCAGUGUAUAGAAAAUUAA